AUGGCGGUGUUUUUCAUGAAUGUUUGUAAGUUUAACGCUUGUGGUUUAACAUUUCCUACAUUAAAAGAACUUAUUCAGCACAUUGAAGAAACACAUAUUGAUUUUGAUCCAUCUUUGGUGGAGAAACAAGAACUUCAACACCCAUCAAGUCUUCCUAUUAGUUACAUUCUAAGAGUUUUUACAGAAACUGGAAAGAAAGAGACAAUCAAUGAGCCAAAGAAGAAAAUGCAAAUGCAAUCCCCAAGUUCAUCUUUGAAUAGUACUCCACCAACAGGAAGUGAAGUUGAAGAUGAAGAAAUGAUGAGUGGAUCAGAAGAUAGUAAUGAUUCAUGGGCCAAGCAGGACGAGUUUAUGUCCGAAUUCAUCCUCAGAGUUAUUCUUUACAGAAUGAUUGGCUCAUCCAACACCGGGGAGGGAAGACCUUUUGCCUGUCCUGUUGCUGGAUGUAAGAAGCGUUACAAGAAUCUCAAUGGCAUCAAAUACCAUGCAAAGAAUGGACAUAAAAAGGAGGGAAAACCAAAGAAAACUUAUAAAUGUCAAUGUGGUAAAACCUAUAUGACACCCCAAGGCCUGAAAAACCAUUACUUAAUGCAUCAUACCGGUUCAUCCACUACACCAUCUUUGUCCUCUUCAAAGGACAGGACCCUAGCAUCAAUUGUUAACAGCCCUGCUACCAUGGCCUUGCUGACCCAAGGUCAGUCUGUCCAGACUGCUACAAUACUUACACCGAGUCAUGGACAUCAGAGCAACAGCAGCAUAACGAAUCAGAAUACGAAGCUCAAGCAAGUUCUCCAGGCUUCUGCUGAUCAUGAGAUGGCUUCAGUUACAGGAUCUCAGAAGUCAAUGAUACUUCAACAAUGUUUGAAACGGGGAGAAGUAGGCAGUGAAAUGAAGACAGACCCUAGUAGUUUGGUAGUUCUUAGAAAGUCAGACAAUACUACUUGCUUCUCUUCAAACAGUGAAGCUACUCUUGCUAACCACAAUACAACCAGUUCCAUUAUAGUGAAACCCACAAUAACCUGGGCUGAAACCUCCCAGAUUGAGAUUGGACAAAAUGCGACACCUCUCACCCAAUCAUUCGAAGAAUCCCAACUUCAUACUCCAGACUCGACUAAACAGCAGACUCUCAACUUGCCUACCAACCUACCUCCAACCCCUCAGACCCCUUCUAUGACAUUAUCUACUCCAAAACUUCCUCCCAUUUCCCCAACCCUACAACAGCAUUUGCUCAGUCCAAUAACUCCUACCAAAAACAGUCAGUUUGCCAUUCAAAGCCUUAAUCCUGCAACAGGCUAACAGAAGAGUUGAGCCUGGUAUAUGUAAGUAAAUUGUUCUUCAAAGUUGGCACAUAGUUACACAGAAACUUCAAUGGACCAUGUGAUUGUAGUAGUUAUUGUGUCACAGUUUGUGGUCAUUGGAAGGCUGU